AUGCGAGAAGUGUAUGAAGGUUCUCGCAUACAGUCGCAACGAACUGCGAAAAAAGAGGCAACCAUUUUUCUCCAUCGAUAUCGAGACGAGAUUUUGUAGAUUCCCCGUCGCGAGUGACACCUGGAAACGUUGUGUUCGAUCGGAAAAAAGUGUCUGGGCGUGAAGUUUUUCCCGAUCAGUUGGAUAUAACUAGGAUUUUGAAUAGGAUUCGUGAAUUCUUUCCGCGUUUGGGCCGGACGCGAAUGGUGCGCGUUCCUCUGGCCAGCAGAAAGUAGCAAUCGCACCAUCAGGAGAAAACGAGCAGUGUAGUGUUUCUUUUUAUCGCAUUCCGAGUGGUCGUUUUUGAGUGAUUACGCUGCUGGCUGUUUUUAUUGGUUGAAGUAAGGAUAAACAGUCGAGAUCCAGGAUUUUACUUCUUCCAAUAGGCACCGUAACACGAAACGCUUGGCAUUCGGAUAAAAUCGGGUUGCAAGGAAAAUAACGUAAGGUUUGACAGGUUACUACCUCCACAAUCUAUUACGCUUCACAUUCGAGGAACACAAGUCCGGAAGCAAAGGAAUUUUUUCGCGGCUGCUGACUCGGCGAGCUGCUGGCCUUUGAUUUUGACGUUUCGCUGCGGAAAUGCCUUCUGGAUCGAAACAGGCCUCGAAUAAAAAUUUACAACCAAGGAAACGGAUAUUGGUUGUGUGUCUGUGAAAUCGAACCAACACGCCAAAACGAAAAAAUCAUCAAAUUGAAGACUUCAUUUCGUUUUGUUCUAAUCGACUUCCGGAUUAGAAAAUCGCCACGGUGUUACGAACGGGAGAAAUCAAAAUCGCGCUUCUUCCAUCCUAACGAGCUUUGAAGAAAACCUAUUCCGGACAAAUGGGUAUUGGUUGCACGGGGAAGUGAAGUAGUAGUGCACCUCUAGGCUUUGGCUUUCUUGUGGAAAGAAGGCAGAGAUCAGUGGAUUGAAGGUGUAAUUAAAAAUCGAACUCAGGCAAGCGGAAGCGAGAGAGCAAGAAAAUAAUCUAUGCUCACAUACCCUUACAACAGAAGUAGCACGAGCAAAACGAAGAUACCAGCAGCUCCCAUGGAGCCAGCUAGCAUGAAGGGAUGGUCAUAGAAUUGGCGCUAAUGUUUUUACUCGUUAUCAUCGCAUAUCCAACUUCUGCACCACCAUUGUCAGCAGGAAGCUGGUCUUCGAGUACUCUGCACAACAGCGGGAAGCAGAAUCAUAACUCCGUUAGGAAUCAAAGGGCAUGUUUUCCACUUUCAUUGGACUAAUUGAUAUCCAAUCAUGGUGGGAGGUGCCCUGCAUUGCACACUUCUGUUCGCUGUUUAGUAGCUCCUUCCAGCUGCCGGAUUUCGACAUCGAGGAUCUCGAGGAAGCCCUGCUGACCGAUGCCGACGUCGAGAGUGAGGUCGAUUUGAAAAUCUACAACGCACGUCUGCUAUCGGACCUCAUAGUUGCAUUACUCAAGGGUUGCGACGCACUCAGCCAGAUCGUAGAGCACAUCAGUCCGAGUAACUAUCAGAUGUUCCUGAGACGAUUGUUCCGUCAAAAAUGUCAGGAAUAUAAUAUCGACAACCCAUUCAACACCGACACCGACUUCGAGAAACUUCCUCUGCGUACCAAGAUCUUAAUUUUGAAAUAUCUGUGCGACUUUCGCUUGGAUUCCGCUGACGUUUAUAACAGUUUUGCAAAUCUACAAGCGGACAGUUUGCGUGUCGAACCACUUGGCUACGAUAGCAAAGGAUCUGCUUAUUGGUACUUCUUCGGCACUCGGCUCUACCGGGAGGACUACGAAACCCCAUCAGGCAAGGGUAACAAGUCGUCCAAGCGAUCAGUUUGGCAAGUCAUUUGCUUCACCGAGGAGGACUGGAGAAAUCUAGCUGGCAAGUUCCAAAACUCUAAGAACGAGAACGUUAUUGCCCUUCAUCAACAGUUGGAGGAGAAUUUUUUGCCAAACAUUCCGAAAAUCUUCCGCGAUAAGGAGCGUGAACGCAGAAACAAGCUUCUGGAGCGUCGAACAUCCUCUCGCAUAAAGCUCUGCGAGGAACGUCGUCUGGCUGAUCUAUAUCGUCAGCAAGAGAUCGAACAGCAACAAACACAAAAAGCUCUUCGCAAGAAAAAACGCGCGCCGGAGGUAGACGUUAGUGUUACCCAGACAAAACCAGCGAGCCUUCCCGAAGAAAGAGCCAAACGUGCCGAACGACGGUCACGUUCGAACUCGGUCACAAGUAUAGUAUCAACCUACGCAAGCUCGCCAGAACCUCUCACCAGUGAUCUUAUUUUUCAGCCAAAAGAGAGAGAAUCCCUAAUCCCAAAUACUACUUUUAGUAAGCAUUCAAGCACCAAACAUACAACCUUUCCAGCUUCCCCUUCCUCUGAGUUAGGUUCCGAACAGACUACAAGCGCGGACAUUCUAGUGGUAUCGGAAGACUCUAAACGUGACCCAGAAGAUUACGACGAUAACGACGGCGAAGACGAAACAAGUACAUGUGUAGUCGUUGAAUCGUUGAACAAUAAUAAUUGUACCGAAGUUGGUUCGUGCAUUAGUGUUGCUAGUAGUGAUACAUCCAGCAGUGGUGUGAGUAGCCGGAAGCGGGGUAAAUCUCCAUCGUCGCCUCUGAGGGAAGAAUUACCAUCAUCCCCGCCAACACCGGUGCCGUUCGCUUCAACGAAGCAACAAAAACAGAAAGAAACAUCCAAACGAGCAAACAAAUCGCUGAGUGCCGAGAUUGAACGACUUCUCCAGUACAAUCGCAACAUGGCUCCCACUACUACCAAGUUACCCGGACGACAGACAAACAAUUCGCUUUCGUCGGUCACAGGACCGGUGAUUCUGCCGUUCGCCGAUACACCACCGAAAACAUCUAGCAGCAGUUCGACCAGCAAGAGCGGUGAUUCAAAUGCCGGCGGGGCUGGUACAGUGAAAGGGGCUGGCCGAAAGAAGAAGAACAAAGCCUCGCAAGUUUUCACCACAUAUUCCUCCACUCUGAUUUCGUCGUUUAGUUUUACCGAAACCGAGGAGGUUCUCCAGAUCGGUAUGCAUAAAGUGCUCGAGUACAUCAAGAACCACGACGAUGCGUGGCCGUUCAUGGAUCCGGUGGAAGAGGACAUUGCCCCGCGGUAUUACUCCAUUAUCAGGCGACCGAUGGAUUUGCAGAAGAUGGAGGAGAAACUGGACAAUGGGGAGUAUUUGUCGUUUGCUGACUUUCGCAACGACUUCAGACUGAUCGUGAACAACUGUCGACUGUACAAUGGACAGGCGAAUGAAUACACCGAAAUGGUCAACAACCUGCAGUUGGCGUUCGAGAAGGCAACUAAAAAGUACUUCGACUCAAACUCGUCCGAUGAGGAGCUAACGUUGGAGUAUCCCAUCUUCAAGGAGAAACCGUUUGCCAGCGGCGGCAUUGGCACUGGAAAAAGCUGCAAUGAAUCAACCAGUAGCAGUGCCGGUGCGAGUAAUAUCAAUAACAACAACAACAAUAACAGCCACAACAAAUCCUCGAAGGAAAACAAAAGUGGCAAUAGUAAGAAGAGUGGCAGUAGUAGUAAGACCGGUAGCAGUGGUAGUGGCACUGUAAAGGACAGUAAAAGUGGUACGGCGGAGCAGACAAAGAAUGCCGCUAGCGGCAGUAGCAAGAUAGAAGGGAAGCAUAAGGAUACCAAGAAAAUGAAAACUGAGGUCAGUGAAGAUAGUUUUAAGAAAAAGCAGAGUGGUGGGGACGGGAGCAGUGCAAAGAAGGGGAAAGUCGAUGUACAGUCAGAGUCAAAACUCUAUCCAGAAGAUUCGAAUUCAAAAGGAUUGAAACGAAAGCGCAAGGAGAAAGAUAAAGUGUUCAAAGGAAAAGCAAAAAGAAUCAAAACAUUUGAAAAUGAUAAUAAGUGUGAAGACGAAAGUGAAUACGAUGAAGAUGAAGAGGACAAAAUAGAUGUGAAAAGUGUGAAAGAAAAUCGGGAACGGUAUCGGACUCCGGAUCGGAAUGAAGAGAAUAAAAAAUCUACCACUAAAUUAAAGCGCAAGGAAGAAAAGGCGAAGGAUAAAUGUAGGACAAAAAAGUCUAAAAAAAUUGAAAAGAAAGAUAAUAGAGGGGAAACAGAAAAAAGAGGUAGAAAGAAGUCGCGGUCUCGUUCGCGAUCGUCGACGAGAUCAAGAACUUUGUCUCCGGUUUCUAGACCACUAAGUUUGUCUCCUAAACCGCUGGUGAAACCUAAGAACGAAGAUAAACGGGAAGAUAUGGUGUCAGUGAAACCAAAACAUGGCAAAAAAGCACGAAAGAAAGAACACUUUUCGGAACGGGAUGCUGGGAAAACUAGCAAAAAACCUGCGAAGUAUCCAGACACAUCGUUCAGCUCUGUUUCGCCUUCUCCUGUGAAAAGAAAAGGAAGAAGUAAAGCACAGGAACUAAAGCAAGAGAUUUUAAGCGAUUGUGUCGAUGUGGAGAAUGAAAAAGACGAAGAUAAAGCACCAGAUUUAAGGAAGUUGACAGAUAUUGACGAUACCAGAAUACCAGAGAAAAAAAGCGGCUACGCUUCGGAGGAUACUGCAAACGAGCACCUAACUGAAGAAGAUAUUAAAAAAGAAAAACGAAGCAAGAAAAACAUACAAAAAACUGAAAAAUUAAAAGAUAAAAUCAAGAGUGAAGAGAAACCGAAAAAGAAUAAACUGAAGGGAAAAAAUAAAAAAUCCAAAACCAACAAAGUUGAAACACCCAUGUUGGUUACCUCCUGUAACGAAGACGAAGUAAAACAGCCAGUGAUAGAAGUUAAGAACAAGAAGUCAACAGAGAAGGAAAUCAUAAGUGCCUCUAAGAAACAACCGAAAGAUUUUUCCAAGUACACAACACUUCCCAGGGAUAGAAGUUCGUCUAGGAGUUUCUCACGAUCUCCCAGUCCACUGCCUUCAAUUAGGGAUGACUACUCUUCAUUCUCAGACCAUUCUAUGGACUUUGACGAUGUCAACGAUACCUCUAUGCAAACAAAGCAGCUUCUCGCUCGACCGAUUACGCCCGAUAUCAAGGACAAAUAUGAUCUCAUUAAACAACGACGUCGAAAUCAAGCGCUGGUAACCCUGCCAGUCCCAACAACUCCGCCAGUUGUCGAAAAACCAGUAAAACAAAAACAUAGAGUUCACGAAACCAACCGAAAGAAACCAAAAUCGAUUCAACUUCAUGAUACUAGUCCAAGUGCCUCACCGGUUGCUCUCAAAGAAACGGUAAAGCCAGAUGAUGAAGAAAUCACCUAUUCUAAAGAGACAGCCAAGAGCAACAGAAAACGAGAUCGCUCUAGUGAAUUCCGCACAGAAUCUCCAGUUUCGGAACCACCUCCCAAAUGGGUUACACCAGAGCAGCCAUCUCCUGUUGAUAAGCAGCGUCCUUCGUAUAAAGUUGAGAAAACGGAGAAGCAGAAAGAAGUCGAAAAGAAGGUGGACCCCAGUGACGAGUACGAUUUUGUGGAUGACUCUCCUCCGCCGGAAGUUACGACGCCAAAAGUAACCACACCCAUUGCUUCGCCUGUCGAAAAGGGAUCCAAACCUUUGAAGAACAAAUGCGAUAACAGCAAAAAAACUAAUCAAAAAUCAAACAAGGCAAAUCCUGUCACCUCGUCGCGACCUAGUGCUGGAGUGGCGAACAAACAACCGAAAGCGUCCGGAGCCAACAUGGAAGCACUGGAGUUGGAAACCGAGCAAACAUUGAAAGAUAUCAACAAAUGGCUGGAAAAUACUCCACGAUUCUCGGAAUAUAGUUCGGCCAGCAAUUCUCCAUCUCGGUAUAUAAUGGAUGAACUAGAUGCAGUAACGGCUAAAAUUGAUGCUGCCGAUUUCCGAAAACCAAUUACAUUGUCGCAACUUCCCGAAGAAGCCGAUAAGCCAAUUAUUCCUUCUCCCCAGUCGGUAGCUCCGCCACCUCUAACUGUGCUUCCUACACCAGCGGCUUCAAUGGUUAUGUCCCCAAAGCGUGUCACUCCGCCUAUUCUUCCUGUUGCGAAGGAUUCGAUAAAACCCAGACAACCGAAGGAAAACUUAACUGAUGUCAAUCCAUUGAAGGAAGCUACCAACAACAUGAGUGCCCCUUCAAUUAGACCACUACAACCGCAACCUACACCGUUGUCAACGUUACCCCAAUUUCAUCCGCCAAUUCCGCCGCCUGUAGAGAGACCUCCACUGGGUCCUCCUCCGAUUAUUCCCCCGCACUCCCAGAAGAAAGAACCCAAAGAAACAAAACGAAAAAGUUUAAAAGAAAAGUUGAGCCAGUUGGGAUCACGUAAGCGAGAAACGGUCCAACAUCGGACAACCAUCGAUCGUCUGCAGCCGGGAAAAUCCAAAGGCAAUCUAAUCAGCUCAAUUCAGAAUCUCAAUAAACCGGAGGAGCUGUUCCCAUUAGGCGGAGGUGGUGUCGCUGGUAGUGUGAGUAGUGGCCUUGGAGGGUCUAAACUAAAAGAGGUUAAAAAUUCUUUGAUUGUAAAAACGGACGAAUCCAAGCCGAAGCUUAGUUUGGGUACAGUACUGAACACAGCUGAAGGUUUCGGUCUGGGGCAGCAGCAUGAGUUUGCCGAUGAAAAGAAGGAGAAUGUUAGCGAAAGUGACGGAAAAGGAGAUGAAAAGGUACUUGAAUCAUUGAAUGUUUCGAAUGAUGAUAUUGGUCCGGUAGACAAACUGUUGAUUCACGAGGACUUGAAGGCGGCUAAGGCGGAAUUAACUAAAACGGAACCAGGAAAGGUGGUAGAAUCUCCAGAAAAGGUAAUUAAAGCGGCGACUAAAUCGGAUAAACCGUCGGCGACACCAAAUUUGAGUGCUUGGUUCAAAGCCUUUGGUGGGGCUCCGAAGAAACCUAAAAAGGCGGAAGAAGGCGAGGAAUCUGCAAACAAAAGUUCGUCUAAUGAUGGUGUCAAGGGAGUCGAUAAUACAUCCCCCUCGGAUGUCCCGAUUGUACCUAGUCUGGAAAGCCCUUGCUAUCCUUCACUGUCUGCUCCGAGACAAAGGAAAGCUAGUACUGGGAGUACUGUCUCAGAGAGAUCUUCGUACAGUCAGGAUCCUGAUAGUCCUCGAAUAGGAAUCGAUGAGAGGAUAGGCGUUUAUCCGGCUCCUUAUCCGAGCCCGAUGGGAGCGUCACCCGUCAUGACAUCUCCGAAAUUGGACGAAACACAGAAGAGUCCGUACCCAAUGAACGGAGCGAUCAAGGUAGGCUUCUAUCAGGACACUACGACCAAAAGCAGCCCGGAGAAAAGCUGUAGUCCAAGAGAUUUACCGUCACCAUAUCCACAAUACUCUCAACAUUUGUACACUGCUAAUUCCGGCAUAAGUGGUAAUAAUUUGUACGGAAAUUAUUCGUAUGGGACGAACAGUGCUGCUACUAACAACCCUGCAGACAGCUUCAAAAACUAUGACCAAUACAAACAGCCAGCUUCUCAAGAAUCGGACUAUAAUUCAUCGAUGAGCCCUAGUACAAAUCCCAACUCACCGUACCACAAUCAACAAUCUUCGCCCUACCAACAGCAACCCAACUCGCCCUAUCAGCAACAACAAAAUCAAAACUACAAUCAACCCAUUCCAUCACCGGCCUCUUCGGGACCACUAUCUCCGUACAGUAACACUUCACUAGCACCUCAAUCGUCAGUACAACAAAGCCCGGCCCAAUCCGUUAGUGGCCAUUCGCCUUUCAACCCAUCGCCGACGUCGCCUUAUCAAACACCUCAACAUCAAUCUCAAAAUCAACAGCCACAGUCGCAGAAACCAACCCAAACGCAGCAGCAACCAUCGCAACAUUCAUCGAAGCCAAAUACUCCGAUUCACCAAAGCCCCAACUCACCGUUCUCUCAAUCGAAUCACAGUUCACCAUACUCACAGCAGGAUCCAAACUCACCAUACUCUCAGGGCCAACUGUCACCGUUUCAACCUAUGUCGCCGAAACCUCCACAAUCAGCCGUUACGCAAGGAACAACAAACAACAGUUUACAGCUGGCGCCACCAAUCAUCACUCCUCAGCAGGCGGCAGCUGCUGCAGGAGUCACCUUGCCAGAGUCACCGGUGAAUAAUCUAUCGCAGCCACAACAAACCUCUCCACAGCAACAGCCACAGCAAGUUCAACCCAGUGGAUCUCAGCUGUCUCAUCAGCAACCUCAGCUUCAUAACCAGCUCAAUACUCAGCCAAGCUGGAAUCAGCAGCAGGCGUACAACCAAUAUCCUGCAGCUGGCACCGUUGCCACUGACAGCUCAGCUAUUGGUAUGGGUUCAAGCCUUCCGGCUCCCGCCCACAUGCAUCAUCUUCAGCAGCAACCCCAGUCACAACCUCAACAACAGCAACAGCCCCAACCAGCUCAUCACAAUACCCAGCAGAUGCAUUUAAUACCCCCACAACCACCACAGCAGCAGCAGCAACAACAACAACAACAACCACAACAGCAGCAGCAGCAGUCUCAACAACAAAUACACCAACAACAAUCGUCCUUGUGUGCCCAGCAGAAUCUUCAACAGCAACAUCUGAACAAUCUAACACCAGCUCACAGUCAACCGAGCGUCCAACAGCAGCACAGUCAUUUGAGCAACCUGCUGAGCAACAAUCCCUACACAUCCAACUACGGCCGACAGGCAUAUGAACCGACAGGAGCCACUUCGCAGAGUCAUUCACAAGAAGGUGCCAGCGGCAAUAAGAAUCAACAAACCAAAGUACCUGAGCUUAUCAAUUUGGGCUACAACAGCAGCGGUAGCAACGAAAGCAGUAACAACAGCAAGAUUCAAACUUUGCAGCAACAGCAAGAGACUCCCAUGAAUAUGGGAAGCAAGGCAACGGAAAGCGUCAAAGAGAAGGAACUUGCUAAGCAACAGCAAAUGUUUGAACUUAUGGGAGCAAUGGGUUAUGGUAACCCAAUGGACAUCUCGAAGAGCAAAGCAUUUGAUAUGUUCAAUCGAGCAGCUACAAUGACAUUCCCGAGAGCUUUUCCUCCAUCGGCUGGUGGUGGUCCUGGACAAAUUCAACAAGAUGGUGGAAAAAUUACUUAUGGUGGAGCAAACUCGACGGGCUACGAUCAGAUGCAGACCAAUACCAAUAAAGCUCACGAUAUGAGUGGUACAAAUGUCUAUGGCAUGACACAGCAACAGUCUCAUCCACAGCAAACAAAGACGAAUCAGAACGAUUUGCUUUCUGCUGGCAACCUUCGAGGAAAUUCAGCCGGGUAUGACCAACGGCCUCCUACCAAUGUUUCACAACAGCAGCAGCACAGUAACAUUGAUCUCAGCACCGGUUAUAAGUCAUUCAGCGGACAGUCGGCUCCCUCUCUAAUGGACCCUGCAUUACGUAAUUUGGCCUCUCUAUCCUCGUUGUACCAAGCUGACGAAAGAUUGCUGGGUUCUGCCCCCGGAUCAGCUGGAUACUACGAUAAGAACAUACCUCCAGCAGCCCAUAUGUUCGGUAAGAAUCUACCCGCGGAUCCGUCUUCCACAGGUGGAUCGGUUGCAUCCACAUCAGCGCUGCAGCAGAUGUUCAACACUUCUAUGGCUACGACGAUGGCCUACAAUGCAGCUGCUCGCGAUCAACCAUCUGCCUAUGGAUCAAACUACCUCCAGCGAAAUGAUUUGCUUAGCCAAGCACAGAAGGUUCCAUUGAAUAUACCGUCAGUACCAAAUCCUACACCUAUUCCGACAGAACCAGUUAAACCGAAACGUGGUAGAAAGAAGAAGGAAACCCAAGACAUGCUGCAACAGCAGCAACAACAAAUGCAGCAUCAGCAACAAACUCAUCAACAUCACCAACAGCAGCAGCAGCAGCAACCCAACGUCGCCCAUCAAGGUUUCCAGUCAUAUUCUGGACUCAAAACGUCACACCCACCCAGUUCUUCCAGCAAUCAUUCAGUAGCAACCUCGAGUACCCCCGGCAACGUUGCAUCCAAUCCAAACUCAGAACCAUCUGCUAUAUCCCUGAAAACAGCGAACGUGGUCCCAGGCAGCGCUUUCAACUUCGGGCCAGGACCCACUGGUCUCAGUCUUCCAUCGAGCCUUUACAACGAAAAUUCUCCGUAUCUGGAUGAAUUUCGCAGUAAUCCCAACCCGUACCCGUACCUUACAUCUAGUCAUCCCCGAGGACCAUCUGCGUCUUCCAGUGGACCAUCGGACGGAUCGGACAAAGUUGUUAAUCCCACAGCUUCUACCGCAUCAGCUGCGGUAGCAGCGGCAGCGGCUGCAGCUGCUGCUGUUCAUCAACCUCCCCCAGCUGCUUCCCCUUACCACCAGUUCCUUUCACACCCAUCAUCCCGCCCAUCGCCAUAUCAAUUCAUGAACCAGUUGGACCCACUCCACCAGCAGUACAUUCGGCAGGAGGAACUACGCGCUCAGAUGAUGCUAAACCAAAGUCUCGGUUUGGGUGCUCCGGGUGCCCAUGGGCCACCGCCGGGAGCAUACGGACAACCGGGUGCCUACCAUCCAGCGUUAGGUAUUCAUAAACCGUACGAUGCCAUGAAUUCGAUGAACCGACCACCCUGGCUAUAACAGCAACAGGAAGUCACCAACGUGACACCGGUGAUGGAGGAACCCCCCAACCGGUCAAAAAUUGUUGGUGACAUAACGGCGGCUAAUGCCGAACGCGAAUCCGCUAUCGUCAGUUGUGGCGGUGGUGGUGCCGGCAGUAGUGCUUCCACAGGAACACGUAGUGAAUCCGUGGCGUGGGAUGCCCGUAGGAAUCAAAAUCACAACUUCUAGGUCGUAAUGUGAACAUCGUUAUCUCGUAAAUGUUGAUUUUAGUAGUGAUUUUAUUUUUUAAUUAAAGUUUGUUUUUAAACUGGGAUACAAGUUUUCUAGAAUAAUGGAUAAAAAGGAUGUUAUCCAAAAACAAAAAAAAAGAGUUUUUAAAACCAUAGAUUACUGGUUAAUGGUCGAGAAGCAGAAGAGAUUGUACUACUUUUAGCAUAAACCAUUAGAACUAGACCAGUUUAUAUAACUUGAAAACGUUUUUCGUUCUGGAAAAAUAAUUUCGUUUUCUGGUUGAAUCUGUCUGCCACUUGGCAAUCGGACAUUAAAUCACCGACAAGUUGACCCGUGGUUGUUUAUGUGUAUAAACUCCUUUGGAAACUGCGCACAUGCAAACAAGGUGUUUUGUUAUCUACCAAUUUACAUUUAAGGAAGUGCUUGUCACAGACCCACACAUAAACUGGUUUGUUUGUUUAGUUUGCUUGUGUUUAUGAAACAUUCAGAUCAUAUUUACUUGCUGAAAGCGCGGGUAGCUGUUUUGUCUUUUCACUCAUUCUAUAUUUCUUCCGCACUAGUUUCUUUGUGGCAAUUUUUUUAUUGAAAUAUUGAACGGAUAAAUUGGAAUAACGCACUAUUUGUACGCUAACUUCUAUCACACAAAAAAUCGAAGUAGAUAUAGCGAAUGAAACCAAAAAUAAUUAAAUACCUAUCACGCUAUCGAAUCAACAUUUUGUUAUAAAACGGGACUUUUACAUUGUUUGGUGAUUUCGUGUUGGACUGCCGAGUAUCGUAGGUAUUCGUAAUAUAAGUGUGCAAUAUCCAGCUGUUAGCUGCGCAGAGGUAUUUUGUUCACUCUGAAUAAUAUCUCAUGCACAAAUCACAUUGGAUUUAUUUUUUUUUUUUUUUUUGUAAGAAUAAGCAUUGCAGUAUAUAAGUACCUUAGAUCACGUUUUAUUGUAUGAAUACCGGCAUAUUGCGCGCCUGAAAAAAAUCCAUCGUCGAUCCAUGUUUAACAUUUGUUAUCCCACUUGCUUAGCCUUGAUUCCACAAAGUGGUAAUUGAAGCGAAGAGGCAUAUUAAAAGUAAAAGUAAUGUAUUAUUUUCAUAGUGGCGAGUAUAGAUUAAGCAGGGCAGCCUACCCACACCUCUCCCAGCUUUUCACUGUUUGUUAAAUGUUGUAUUUUUGUAUUGUUUUAUUUCUCUUAUUAUCGAGUCUACCAAGAUCUUAGAAUUGAUAAACUUAAUUUAAUGUAUAUUGUGGAAAUUGUACAUUGUGUUUCGAUAGAUUAGCCUCUUGUGUCUUAGUACACGCGAACCAAAUGAGAUUAAACCAAGGGAAAUGGCAAAAUUUACGGUUUCAAAACAAAUGUCUAUCUAGAAUGAACCACCUUGCUAUUCUUACUUGAUUGAUGUUUUUCUCAGUUUAUGUGGAUCUGAUCCCUUUCUAGCUCCAGAACAGAACGAUCGUGUCAGGUAAACGACUCACACAAACUAAUAAACCAAAAAAAACGGUCUUUUCGCGUAGGAUCUCCUUCUAAUGCCUUAAUGUGAACCAAUAAAAACAUCGUAGACACCACGACAACAGGAAAUGUAUAUCAUUCACAAAUGGUAGGUUAACACGAAUGAAAAAUUUUGUUUAGACGCAACACAAAUAUCUCUGCAACUUAGUUGCGGACUAUUCAUCCAACCGUUCUAUUAUUCCUUCAAAAUUUUGAACGUACUAGACGUUCCACUCGAGACGGAUCAGACAUUAAUUUUUUUCUUAUUGUGUAAAUAUAAAUAGUAAUAAGAUAAUCGUUUUCGAACAGAAUCAAAAUAUCGUAAGCGUGUAAAUAUUGACAUUAAGUUGCAUAAGUUACACGGUACGGUACGUGAGAAAUACACCCUUCAAACCAGAAACCCAAGAUUUAUUUUUGGUCUUUUCAAGAAAAAGGUAGAUCGUAGAAAUUCUGUAAGAUUAUUUGUGUUGAAGGAAAAAAACGGAACAAAAACAUACAAAAAUGUUCACUGCGUGUAAUAGAAGGUAAGAUUAGAAAUAAUAAGGUAAACAUUAGAAAGCAGAAUUUAUGUUUACAAAAUUUGGGUAAUAAAAUCAUGUUGAUUAAUAAUAUGUUUAGCGGAGUAAAAAAAUUAAACGAUAUAUACAAUAAUCGAUUUAGUUUUUUACAUACUAUAAACCAUUUACUGCAAAAGUAAAGCAAAAAUAUAUUAUUAUUGAGAAGGAUAGUGUUAAAAUAAAAUAGUGUGGAAGUAGUAGAAAAAAUAUACAAAGUAAACUGUGAAUAAGACAUGUGUAAAAUUGCAAACAAUAUGGAGUAAAUAUAUUUAAAAAAUAAA